GCUUGUUUCAUGGACAGGAAACUUUACUUACGUUUUAAAACCUUUCAAAGCACAGAUCUCGAGGGCUUGCAGAGUCAUAAAGGUACAGGAUUGAUAAUAGACCAAUAGUCAAUAAUCACAUAGGUAAAUUGACUUAUUGGCUUUAUUAAUUUAAUCCCGAAGGGUGAAUUUGGUUUUGCGUAGCAGCAAAGGACAAGUGUAGAUAGACACUCAGCGAAAAAUGCGACACAUAGUGCAAACCCACUUACUGUAAUAUUUCGUACUGUAAUGUGAUGCAUCAUAUUGCUUAUUUUAAACAUGAGAAUUUCUACUUGAAUUGUUAGUCAACCUUUUGAGGAGUAGAUAGUCUUCCUCUGGUGCCUUUCCUGAAUUUAAAGUAAAAGACUAACACAUACUGGAUCUCGUAUCAUGUAUGAUCUGGGACCAGUACAUCGAACAAGAUGGUUUUAAAUACAACAAUAGUUUGUGUUACAGAGCAGCUUUCCAGUUUUUAGAGUGUGCUGAUGUAGCUCAAGCAGAACACAGCUCUGCCCUAUUCUCUAUACUACCCUUUCUCUCCUGUCUCCCUCUCCACCCCCUGCUUCCCCCUAAUUAUUGGACACACAAUGGCAGUUGAUCCGUCGGUCACUGUGCUUCUGAUGAGUGUAGCGAAUUCUGGGUCAAUGCACAUCCCACCCCCUCCCACCAAGUGGGAUGGCAAAGCCAAUCAAGUCUCUGCAAACUGUGGAGCUGCCCACGCAGGCUACACACACGCGCACGGAUACGAACACACACACGGCAGCCUCGGGAAAUCCCCAAACAAUCAACAUCUACUGACUCGUGAAGAGGGUGAUGGGAUCCCCGAAUUUUCCAGCACGCACUGUGCUGUUCCAGAAGGAACCGAACGGGGUGACCUACAGGGUGCCAGCCCUGCUGUACCUACCCAGCCCCCCCUGCCUCCUUGCCUUCUGUGAGCAGCGAGUGACCCCUGAAGACACCCAGGCGAAGCUUCUGGUCUUACGCCGGGGAACCUUCUAUCCAAGCAGCGUGGAGUGGGAAGACAUGAUGGUUCUGGAUUCAGCCCAGCUAGAGGGCUACCGGUCAAUGAACCCAUGUCCCAUCUACGAUAGAUUCACCGGCACCGUCUUCCUAUUCUUCAUCGCUGUGCUGGGUGAUACGUCUGAGUCUUUCCAGCUGAUCACGGGGAAGAACGUGACACGCCUGUGCUGUGUAUCCAGCCAGGACCGAGGGAAAACAUGGAGCUCCGUUAUGGAUGUGACCUUGGCUGUGAUUGGAGACGCCAUUAAGGAUUGGGCCACCUUUGCUCUUGGUCCAGGACAUGGGAUCCAGCUGAGAUCUGGCCGCCUGCUGGUGCCCGCAUACGCCUACCAUAUCAGCCGUCGCUGGCACUUCGGACAGGCGUGUCAGGCCACACCCCACUCCUUCUGUCUCCACAGCGACACGCACGGUCAUAGCUGGUGUCGCGGGGAGGCUGUGUCGUCCCUGGAGAGUGUAGAGUGCCAGGUGGUGUCCGUGGACCAGCAGGAUGGAGGAAAUGUGCUCUAUUGCAAUGCACGGAGUCCGUUGGGGUUCCGGGUUCAAGCCCUCAGCCUGGAUGGUGGCAUUGUCUUCCGGGACAGCCAACUGGUGCAGAAGCUCAUAGAACCUCCACACGGUUGCCAUGGUAGUGUGGUGGGCUUCCCAGCACCUAUUGGCCAGCCUAGGAAGUCCAAGGAAGCCUCUAGCUAUGGUCAGAGCUUCUUGACCCCCACCUGGGUGGUAUAUUCUCACCCCACCUGGCCCAGUGGGCGAAGGGACUUGGGUGUGCACCUGAGCCCCUUCCCUCGUGACCCUGACAGCUGGUCUCAGCCCUGGGUUAUAUACCAGGGCCCCAGUGCCUACUCAGACCUGGCCUAUCUGGAACCAGCCGCACCAGCAUCUCCAUUCGCUGGUGCGUUCGCCUGUCUCUUUGAGAGCGGCUCACUGACGCCUUACGAUCAGAUAUCGUUCUGCAUCUUUACCCUGCACGAACUCUUCGAGAACAUUCCUGAGCACAAGCCAGCACGGAGCCGUAAGAGCAGGCUGUGUGGACUCUGCAGCAUCUCCUAGUGGUCAUCUAUGGAAUGGCAGUGCGAAAAACAUCUCCAUUCCUCUAGGAACAUUUAACCAUUUUACAAGCAAAUAAAAAAUGUUAAAAUGGUGUUCUUAUAUAGCCAUUAUUUCUGUUUGCAUCCACAGACCGUCCUUAUAUAUUUUUGUAGCUAUAUUUUUUUCCUUAUAUAUAUUUCUGUACACACUCAUGAUUAAGGCAAUCGUGGAAGAUGAGUAGCAGUAGAGUUGGGGAACGGAUUCCCACUCCUGUCUGGAGUUUGUUUUCCCUAAGCUCUCCUUGUGUCUGCUUUCUUCCUCUAAAUCACGUGUUUACUGAACUAGCCGAAAACAUAAGCGAAUGAAGUGGCUGCCAAGGGUCCAGCGGCCACCAGGGGGUGCCCCCAUUUGAUCAGAAUGGGAAGAAAGGUGAUGGCCUGCAACUAGGUUAAUCAAAUAUUGCCACAGCAUAUGUUAGGCCCCCAAAAAGGGUUGAGCUGGCCCUGCAUGUUUUCUCAGAAUGUUUCUCGCCAUGAGAAUGCUGCUUCCUUAUAUGAAGGCGAGGAUGAGGUCCAUGCACUCACACCGGGACAGAACCAAAGCCAGGCCAGAGGAGAGCAUCUUCUCUGCCUGCCAUGACUCUACCUGGAUUUGGGCCCUCAGGGCGUAGCCUGUCACCAUCCAGCUCUUCUAAGCAUGGGUGACAAGGCUGGACUUGGGAUAAGCAGGAUAUAACAGCAGAUCUUCAUUAGAUUGCAAGGAGCAGCCGUACCUCACUGUGGGUAGUGGUGGCUUAAUGGUUAGGGACGUGCACUUGUAAUGGAAAGAUUGCAGGUUUGAAUCCCUGACCAGCACUAAGGUACCCUGAGCAAGGUACCGCCCCCAAGCACUGCUCCCCAGGUGUUGAAUUAGCUGCCCCCUGCUAUGUCACAUAUGGGUUAAAUGCAGAGGAUACAUUUCAUUGUUGUGGUGUGUCAACAAUGAAUUGAUCUCUAAGUUACAGGUUCACGCUUUGUAUCGCAAAGAGCAUCUGUCAGUGUGCACUCAAUGUAUGGGAGACAUACACUAUGCAAGCUAAUAUUUAUUUUGACAUAAAAUAUUAGGUGGGAUUUUGAUGUAUUUAGAAAUUUGUUCUUGUAAAUACCCAGAGAAACAUAUAGCCUUUUUUCCACUGCGUAAGGUGGCUAAUCAGCUUUAAAUCUCUUUUUCAGCUUAGGGUCUUAUUUUGUGCUGCUCACACGCAC